AUGGCUCCAGCUAGCAAGGCUGAUAAAAAGGCUGCAGUGGAUGCAGCUGCAUGGAUGUUCAAUGUUGUAACAUCUGUUGGAAUUAUCAUUGUAAACAAAGCUUUGAUGGGCACUUAUGGCUUCAGUUUCGCUACAACAUUAACAGGCAUGCACUUCGCGACCACAACUUUAAUGACAAUCAUACUAAAGAUGCUGGGAUAUGUCCAGCAUUCUCAUUUACCCUUGCCGGAUCUUCUAAAAUUUGUUGUCUUUGCUAACUUCUCUAUUGUUGGAAUGAAUGUUAGUCUAAUGUGGAACUCAGUUGGAUUCUAUCAAAUUGCAAAGUUGAGUAUGAUUCCUGUAUCAUGCCUGUUGGAAGUUGUUCUCGACAAGAUUCGGUAUUCAAGAGAUACAAAACUGAGCAUAGGUGUUGUUCUUUUGGGUGUUGGUGUUUGCACUGUUACUGAUGUGAGUGUUAACACAAGAGGAUUCGUUGCUGCCUUUAUUGCAGUAUGGAGCACUUCUAUGCAACAAUAUUAUGUUCAUUACCUUCAACGGAAGUAUUCUCUAAGUUCUUUCAACCUGUUGGGACAUACAGCACCUGCACAGGCUGCUUCACUACUGUUAUUGGGACCUUUUCUUGAUUAUUGGUUGACAAACACAAGAGUUGACAGAUAUGACUACAACACUGCCUCGAUGAUAUUCAUAUUCCUGUCAUGCACCAUUGCAGUUGGUACCAACCUAAGCCAAUUUAUCUGCAUUGGAAGAUUCACUGCUGUUUCUUUUCAAGUAUUGGGACAUAUGAAGACAAUACUUGUUUUAAUCAUGGGGUUCUUUUUCUUUGGUAAAGAGGGCCUGAAUCUCCACGUGGUUUUUGGAAUGGUUAUAGCUGUUGUUGGAAUGAUGUGGUAUGGCAAUGCCUCAUCCAAGCCUGGUGGAAAGGAGCGCCGGAGCCAUUCUCUUCCUACCAACAAAACAGAAACAUGA